ACAAAAAGAUUCUUGACACUUGUGUCGGUUGAGAACCUCCAAAGAAGAUCAUUUCUCACCGACGGACGCGUCUUUCUCGUUCCCGUCUACAAAUUCCGAAAGACAAGAAGGAGAAGGAGAAGGAGGGUAGCGAGUUAGAGAGUUAGAACAAGUAACAGAUGGGAAACUGCGUGUUUGGAGGGAAUAAUGGAGGCGUAAAUGAUCAGGUGAUCAAAGUGGUAACGUCCAACGGUGGGAUCAUGGAGCUACGUGCACCCAUCACCGUAGAAUGUAUUACCAAUGAGUUCCCCGGCCACGGCAUUUUCCGAAGCCGCGAUCUCUUCUCUCAACCACUUCUCCACAACCAAGAGCUUCGCUCCGGAGAACUAUACUACCUUCUACCACUCACCGCCGGGAGAGGAGCCCGAAUCACCAGAGACGGCGACAUCAGGCCAAACGGCAUUUCGUCGUCGUCUCUGGUGACUCCCUACCGGAUGUCGUUCGACAACCAAGGGAUAUUAAAGCGAUCGGAAAGCGAGGUAGUGUUUCCGAGGUGUAGUAACACGGGAGUGUGGAAAGUAAAGUUGGUUAUAAGCCGGGAACAGUUAAUGGAGAUACUGUCGCAAGAAGCACGCACCGAGGCAUUGAUCGAGAGUGUGAGAACAGUGGCGAAAUGCGGAAAUGGGGUCUCGUCUGUGGCAAAUUCAGAUCAGUGGAGCCUCUCCAGUAGCUGGAAAGCUUCCUCAGAGAAACAUGCAUAUGGGGGCCUGGAUUUUAGUUUUGAUUGAUGUAAAUUAACAUAAAAAAUACAACCCUCAUUUUAAUUUUCUUUCCUCUUCUGAUUUCCCUGUACAAUUUUAACUUGCUAAUUUUUGAAUGGCAUGAUUGAAUUAAUACAUGUGAAGUAGCAGUGUUUUGUUUGAUUUGUCUAGAAUUAGG